AUGGGUUCUGGUUCCAGCAACAGUUCUACUAGAUGUUGUGGGAGUGUACAAGACUGGUGCCGUGAUGUAUGUGGUUGUUGUCCAUGCCAGUGUUGCAAAACUGUCAAGAUUCAACUGAAAACUAAACAGACCAUUGAAAAUAAAAUCGAGAAAACAGAAAUACCAUUUGGAUUUAGCUUACUUCAUGCAGGUAUCCGAAUGACAGAUAAUGUAUACACAAGUCCUGUUCUUGAAAUACAUACAUGGCGAAGAGCAAUGACACAAAUAGCUGUCAAUGAAGCUGCUACGACUCAAAGAAUAGCAUUAGGUGGUAUACAGACUGCACGAGAUACUGCUGAUCAUCAUCUUGGACCUGCAGGUGGUGUAGAACGACGCAAAUUGGAACUUGAAGAAGAAAUUACUGUCAUUCCAAUUGAAUCGAUUAUUUCCAUAAAAUCUGCAAGUGAUGUUAAAAAAGGACAAACAGAAUACAAAACUCUACGUCAAAAAACACCAGUAGUUAUUCAACUUUCAUGUUGUGAAAGAAUUGUUCGAUGGUGCAACAGAACAUUUUGUUGUCGUUGUUGUUGUUGCGAUAAUUCUAAUCAUCAAAUAAAUAAUGAACCAGAACAAAUAAUAACAACAAUUUCUAAUCAAGAAGCUGAACGUAAAAUUUUAAUAACAAUAGAAUAUAUUCGUUACAGUAAUAUUCAUACACCAUCACAUAUACGUGUUUUGCCAACAACUGAUCAAGGUACAUUUUACAAAGAACAUCUUCAUACAGAUAUUUUAAAAUUUUAUUUACUCGACAAUAUUGAUUUUGAACAAAUUGAUUUUGAUGUAAAACGAAUGCAAGCUGCAACACUUUGUCGUCUUGUUACACAAUUAAAAUCCAUGAUUGGACAUUAUCCUAAUGAACAAACACUUGAACAACUUAUUAAUAGACAAGGCAGUCUUGCUAUUGGUGAUCCACCCAAAGAAACUAUUGAACGAUUACUGAACCCAGGAAAAACUGUCAAAAGUUUAGAAGCACCUAUAUCAUUAACAUACAUUAAAAACCAACCAUAA